AAUUCUCAGGAAAAAAAACUAUGGGACGAACGCUGCCUAUACCGGUCUACUGUCGUGUGUGCGGUGAUAAGUCGUUUGGAAAGCAUUACGGUGUUUACUGUUGUGAUGGUUGCUCUUGUUUCUUUAAGAGAAGUGUCAGAAGAAGAAUUAUUUACACGUGUAUUGCUGGUUCUGGCCAAUGCACUGUGGACAAAUCAAGAAGAAACUGGUGUCCGUUUUGUAGACUCCAAAAAUGCCUUAGAGUCAAUAUGAACGUUGCUGCCGUUCAAGAGGAAAGAGGUCCUAGAAAAUCUAAGGCACCUAAACGUAUCGAAAACAAUAUCAUUAUUCCAAGAAAUUGGAAUACCAGAAGUAAUCAACUUUUUGAAAUCGGAGCACAAAUAUUUUUGACCAGCCUCAAGCAAUGUAGAUUGAGUGAACCCUUGAUAUUACUACCGCAGACAGACCAAAAUAAUAUACUUAUUAAAACAUGGCAUCAGACAUUCGUACUGAUGGCAGCGUUUUGGCCCGAUAACUUAGUUAGUUAUUUAUCAUGUUCUGGUUUGAAGGAGGAAAUUAUUAUAGCCACAUUACUCGCUAAUUAUAGAGCAAUGAAACUCGAUCCCAUCGAGUACAACCUUUUAUUGAUUUUGAUACUUUGUAGACCAGAUCUAUGCAGCCAAGAAUUCAAAAAUGAAUUGACUAUUAUGGAUGUAAACGCUAAAUGCGCAUUGAUGAACCACGUGACCACCAAAUCUAUUACUAGAUAUUACGGACUAAUAGCCAAUAUUAUUUCCAUUACUGACGAUUUAGCUGAAUAUAUAAAAGCCAUAUUUUUCGAGUCGUCUAUUAGGAUUGUUCCAAUGCACCACCUUGUAUCCGUAGUUACUUAA